AUGGCGUCUCUACCCCCAAAGCCACAUUUGAAAAACCGCGUUGAGCAGCAGCAGCUGCCGCACGUCUUUGUUCCUCAUUCGCCGCUGUCUGUUUCUGUUGUCUUUUUUAUUCUGGCAAUUCUUGCUAUUCCGAUCGGCGUCGUCGUAAUCGUGACCGGGGAUAGGACGACAAGGCUUGAUUUUCGCUACGAUCAUAUCAACAACUACAAGUUUGCAAUGGGGGCGGCUGGUGAGCAUGCCGUUAAUUUUCCAUUCAAUGACACCACCUACUCUUCUGGUGUCAAAACGUUGGUUAUGUUCUCGCUGUCUCAGAGUCUAACAGCUCCGGUGCACCUACAGUAUCGCCUCAGGCCAUUCUUUCAAAACUACCGCUACUUUACUGCCUCUGUGGACUACGCGCAACUUAGCGGUAGAGCGUCUGUAAUUUCAAAGUCGUGUGCCCCAUUCCGCUUUCCUGGAGAGGCAGCUGGCAUUAUUGUCCCCGGCUACUACAACCCGUGUGGUGCCUACCCGUGGGCUAUAUUCAACGACAGCAUCAGUCUGUAUAGGAUGGACGGCACCCUCAUCUGCGACGGCGGCGCCUUCACGGUCGACGGAAGGAGUCUGCUGGCAGAUAACAAAUGUGUGAAGUCUGGCAUCGCUCGUAAAAGUGACGUCAAAGAGAGAUUCAAGCCUCCGAGGCUGAUUCCCGGCAACGGUCCCAUGUGGAGUGGUGGCGGUGACAAGUCAGCCACUGAUCCAUAUCUGAAAGAGGGCUACUACUACCAAGAGCCUGGGCACAAGAUCCCAUUCAACGUUGAUGAGGAUUUGAUAGUGUGGCUCGAUCCAUCCUUCACGUCUGAUGUGACGAAAAAUUACCGCAUUCUCAAUGUCGAUUUGCCGGCCGGUGACUAUUACUUUGAGAUCACGGAGCAAUACCCGACUGCGCCGUACGGAUCGCAGAAGUUUGUGCAACUCGAGACCCGAUCAUGGAUCGGGGGUAGAAGCCAUGUUCUCGGCUCCCUGCUGAUAAUCAUGGGUGGUACGGCCCUUAUCAUGGCAGUGACACUUCUUUCGGUGAAGUGCUUGAUCAGGCCAGGGUAUACAGAGUAG